AAGGGCAAAUGAAUGUGACACACACUCUUGGUACAAGGAACAAAAGGGUCAGAGAAAAAAUGAAGGGAACAACAUAGGCUAUUGUAUAACUGGGUACAAGUGCAAGAGACCAGCAGCACAAAGGGAAUUAAUUAACUAAUUAAUGGCUGUAGCUUUCCUUAAUUAUCUGUUGCUGUAUCUCAGCAUCCAACUACAAGUUUCUUCAUCAUUUAUGUUGGACGCCACCACAAUUUUCAACUCCUGGACAGGCAAGAUCAUCAGUCUUUAGUGUUUGACACAUUCCUUCCAAUCAGAGGCAGGAGCAUAAGGAAACAUGUAUCCCUAAGGGGAUCCAAUCACUUUGCUUUACCAAAUCAAUUUCAUACAAGCUCCAUAACCUUCGUUAUUGAUAAUACUUAGGCUGACUGUAUUCUAUGUGUAUGAUACUCAGUUUUUCUUUUGAAAUUUCUUCAGACAGCAGCCACAAAGCCGAUGAAGUUUAAUUGACACAGCUUGCACCGAAUUAAUUAUUUUAAAAUUGUCUGUUCUUUCUGGGCACAAUAUGGAAAUGUAAAGGAGGAUGAUCUAUUAAUUUAACACAGGUUCUAUUAAUAUUUAACAGGUUAUAUUAAUUUAAAAUAGAAAGAGUCAAAUGCAGCAACUAACAGAACAUGCAAACAGCUAUUCACUGUAGUUUGCAUCCCUGUGAUUACUGGUUGGGCUUUUACAAUCAAAGCAUUCUAUCCUCAGCUAAGAGAAAUGGAAAAUCCUAUUGCAUUUUUAAGGCUUUCCUGGACAUCCACAACUUUGUCUUUUUCUGGGUAUAUACCUUAAGAGCAAUACUAUCAUCCUGAUUUUAGUUUGAUUAAUGCCUAUACACAGAUGACACUUGUGAAACGUAAAAAAUAACUUUAAGACAGCAUAUUGAAAAUAUGCCUAAUACAGUUAUUAUAAUAAAAAAUUAUAAAACUCUCCAAACAUUAGUAAAAAGUGACUAAUCAUAUCUGAUGCCUACAUUUUCAGUUUUGAAAUUAUUUCCUUGUAAAGAUACAGUCAUUCUUCUGUUUUCCAAAUAUGAAAAUUUAAGGAUUCAAUCAGCUGUACAUAAUAGCAGACCUGGCAACUCUUGAACAGAUUUUCUUCUUUAUGUAUCAAGACAUGAGCCGUAAUAUUUUCUGCAAAUUCCAUUUUCCUUGACAGAAGAUUCUGCCAUGCAGAAAGAGCACAAAAAUAUUUACUUCUAUGUCUUUAUUAAUUACAAGGCUAUUUUCUACCACACAUUUUAAAUUAAUAGCUAUUCACAAAGCAAAUACACUUGCAUAGUUCCCACUUUCUCUUUCUGUCUCACAUGCCCACACGCACUCAUAGUAACCUGUAAGUAAUUGAAUUGCAAAAGGAAAACAAAUUUAAAUUAUUAGCAAUAAACAAUCACCAGUGCUGAAGGAAGAAAAUAUACAAACAUUGCAAGAAGCAGUAGAAUGUUGUUUAAUGAGUGAUUUGCAUCCCUCAGCUCACAUCUGAAAUCUCUUGCUUAAGCUAGAAAUGUGGCGUUAUGCUGGUUUGGUCUGGAGAAAUUGUGGGUUUGGAGACCAGCUACUACCUGGUCCACUGUUUUUAACUUCUCCCUUCAAAUUCAGGGAUGAAAGAUUUAAAUAUACUGAGGAAAAGUUUAGAAGCCUUAUCUUACAAAAAGGGAUAAACAGAUAUACAUGUCACCUGGUCCCUAUUGAAACUUGAAUCAUUUUGAUCUUGAGAACUGAGAUGCUGGUAUUUAAUUAAUAACUAGUCCUCACAAAUCUCUCAAGAAAAGGUCAGAGCAUAAUCUGCCAUAAUUUAUGUGAAUUUUCAGUGGCCAUUGGAUCUGUUGUUUCCUUGUUUAGCUGACACACACUUAACAUGAAAUCCUAGACAGUGACCCAAAGUUAAUUUUAAUACACAUGGUUUGAAUAAAUAGUGAUUUCAUGAUUAUUUGGAAUUAACCAAACUUGAGGAGGAAAAAAUAACAAAGAAUCAUAUAAAAAUAUUUUUUACUUAUUAAGGAAACUAGUGCAGAAAGAACAAUACUCGCAAAAAAACCCUGUAGAAAUGUAUGUAUAAAUUAAAAUAUCUCAGUGGAAGUGCACUGAAAACAUAUGCCUUACACCACAAUUUAAAGAAAUCAUUAAAACUUUACUUUCAAGUUGUUUAACUCUUCAUUCAAUGUGUCAUAAGAUCAAAAUAUGGUUUAUUCUGAAAGUGAAUACAGCUUAUCUUUCCUUACAAUAAAAAUCAUAUUGGCUCUCACUCUUGAAGUCUCCCUGAAACCAAAUUUUGUCAAAUAUUAAUAUUUCUUUAGAGUCCACUUUCUUCAAGCGAUACUUUUGCUGAAAAAUUCCUGACUGACACUUCUCUGAAAGCAUUUGGGCUCACAAGACAGUAAAUAUAUAACUAGCUUUUGGAAGGCUUUGACAAAUACAUUCAUAAAGAUAACACAAAGGUAAACACCGCUCCAGGUAACUUAAUUUCAGAUGUCUGUUUAAACCAUUGUCAGUUUGAGAUACAGAGAUUAAUCUAUCUCAAAGCUCAGGUUUAUCUUAACCACAGGAUACAUCUCAUUUCUCUGAAACUCAAAAUCCCUCCAGCACAGCUUGAGUAAGGAAGAAAGUGGUUUCCUUCCUAACUGCUUACUUUCCUUCAGGCAGCCCCAUCUUUACCUUAGCACUCAGUGUAUUACCUUCAUCUCUUAACUCCAUCUAUGUUGUGUUUAAAGGUAAAGGCAGUUCAAAGGCACAUGUACUUACACAGCCCCAAAACAAGUUUUGAAGCAUCCUGUAUUAACUUCAGACCACAAAACAUGCACUUGGGUGUGCUUAUCUUUCUCAUUUUCACAGGCGUAUGGGAAUGACAGUCAUAAGACCUGGAGGAAGCCUUCAGAAAUGUGUACAGCCUCUGUACAAAAGGGUUCAUACUCUAAAUUGAAACAAUUAAGAAAAGUGGUUUGUCUCUUAGUUAUGUUGCAGUGAGUGAUCUACUUUGAAAUUCUAUUUAUAAUGUGCAGCAGUAAAGGUAUAAAUUUCCCACAGAUACAAAAGAACUGUGUUCAGAGGGAUUGGAGGUAAAGAUUGCUACUGCGAGCUGAAAUCAUGGGACAGGACAAUGUCCUGUGGGACAUAUGAUGGCUUUUGGAUCAACUCUGGCUCUGCAUUUCUGUCAUAAAAGCCCACAUGGGGUGAAUUUGCAUGAAAGAGCAGGGCCUGUGCAUGUGAUACCAAAAACCAGACCAAAGAAAGAAUGGGUGGGUGCUGAGACAAGUGAAACACUCCUAAGAAUACAUAAGGUCAGGAAACUCUCAGUCCUGUGGAUUCACAAGAACAGAAAAACUCAGAAUAUCAAGAUUCUCCAGUCUCUCCAGGCCACAAACAUGUCGUGAUACCAGACAACAGCUCGUGUUGGUGAGAAAUAACCACUUUGUGAACUGCUCUGCCUGUGCCACCAAUGUUGGUCCCACAGUAAAACAAUUCCGAUGAUGACACCAGAUACGUAAUAAUUUUUCAUAUAAGGUCACAAGUACACUUUUUGAAUUUUAUUGGAGGUUUUGUCUCCUUCAGCUUGGAGAUUGAUCUGCUGAUAACGUCUAAAAAGGUGAACAAUAUUUCUAUUGGUUCCUUCAGGUAGCUCAUGCUAGCACGUGAAUCUAUAUAUUUCCUCCUUCGUAGUCAUUUGUGAGAUACUGGAAUGCCCAUCCAGAGUUUUAGCUAGGCAGUGCCUGGAGAGUCAAGUUUCAUCCAUCCAUGGUCAAGAUGGCAACAAAAAGACUUUCUGCUCCAGUACUGUGGUUGAUUCUUCUCUCCAUUCAGGUCUCCCUGUGCACUGAUGAAUUGAGGCUGUCUAACGGAACUGGCCCCUGCUCUGGGAGAGUGGAAGUAAAACAUGAGGAGCAGUGGGGAACCGUGUGUGAUGGCGACUGGACCAUAAAGGAUGCUGAGGUUGUCUGUAAGCAACUACAAUGUGGAUCUGCUGUUAAGGCCCUAAAUCGAGCUCCUUUUGGACAAGGAACUGGACCAACGUGGUUGUACCGAGUUGAUUGCCGUGGUGAUGAAUCUGCUCUAUGGAACUGCUCGCAUACAGGAUGGGGUGCUUUUACCUGCCCUCAUUACUUUGAUAUUGGAGUGAUCUGCUCAGGCUUCUCUGACAUGCAUCUGACUGGAGGGGACACUGCCUGCUCAGGACUUCUGAAAGUAAAGAAAGAAGAAACUUGGGCCACUGUCUGUUUCUCACACAUUGAUUUCAAAACUGCCUCUGUUAUAUGUAAUGAGUUAAAGUGUGGCCAGGCUGUGGAUACCUUGAGAGGAACUCACUUUGGAGAUAGAUAUGAACUGAUCUGGCAAGAAGAGUUUCACUGUGUAGGGAAUGAGACUCACCUUGCAGACUGUCCCAGGAGCAGGCACCACACUAACACAUGCUCUCAUGAUGCCACUGUUGUGUGUUCAGGCUACGGUGGGUACAGGCUGGCAAACGGCAAUACCACAUGUUCAGGGAGAGUAGAGCUUCUUCACGGAGGCAUAUGGGGAACCCUCUGUGACUACCUGUGGGAUUUACCAGCUGCCAAUAUCCUCUGCCAGCAGCUAAACUGUGGAAUUGCACUACUGAUCCCAAGUGGACAGUCCUUUGGGGAAGGAAAUGGAUCUGUCUGGAACGCCACAUUCAGCUGCCAGAAGAAUGGCUCACUCCUGAGAGAGUGUCCCGUGCGUGCUCUAGGUCAGGAUGAAUGCCCUGCUGGAAAAGAGGCUCAUGUGGUAUGUUCAGGGUGUCCAGGGGGCAGGCUGGUGAAUGGCACCACAUGCUCUGGCAUAGUGGAGAUCCGCCAUGGAGACACGUGGGGAAGACUCUGCCACUCCCACUGGAAUUUGCAAGCUGCCAAUGUUCUCUGCCAUCAGCUGAAUUGUGGCUAUGCAAAAUCAAUCCAGAUGAAAGACAGUUUUGUGGAUGGAAAUGGGCCUAUAUGGAGAGAUGCUUUUCACUGUAAAGGGACAGAGUCCUGCCUAUGGGAUUGUGUUCAAGUGACUUUGGGCAAUCCAACCUGUUCAGCCAAAGAAAUAGCCACUGUAACUUGCUCAGGUCUUGUUGAAUCACUCAGACUCUCAGGGAGUGAGAGCCACUGUGGUGGGCGAGUUGAGAUUUCCCUCCAUGGGGUGUGGAGCAGAGUCCUGGAUGACAACUGGGACAUUAGGGAUGCCCAUGUGGUGUGCCGACAGCUCCAGUGCGGAACUGCUGAGAAAGCCUAUUACCUUCCAAAGUCUGAGCGAGGCACGGGUCCUGUUGGCCUAAGGAGUGUCCAGUGCACUGGAAAUGAGACUCAGUUGAUGCUCUGCAACGCCUCCCAUUAUCAGACAGUGCCAACAGGAGUUUCAGAAGAUGUUGGUGUGAUUUGUUCAGGAAGCAGACAGAUGAGGCUGGUGAAUGGAACAAACCGCUGUGCUGGGAGAGUAGAGCUUUAUCAUCAUGGCAGCUGGGGCACCAUCUGUGAUGAUAACUGGGAUUUAUCAGAUGCCAAUGUUGUUUGCAAACAGCUUAGAUGUGGGCAUGCCAUCGAGGCAUUUGUCUCUGCUCAUUAUGGCGAAGGGUCAGGGCAGAUCUGGCUGGAUGACGUGAAUUGCUCUGGGGCUGAAUCUGAUCUCUGGUCAUGUCCCUCUAGGGCGUGGGGCCAGCACAACUGCCAACACAAAGAGGAUGCUGGGGUCCUGUGCUCAGAUUUCCUGGCUCUGAGACUGGUGAAUGGCAAUGACUGUGCUGGGCGUGUAGAAGUUUUCUAUAAUGGGACGUGGGGGAGCGUUUGUUCUAAUCACAUGUCCCUGCUCACCGCAGUAACCAUGUGCAAGCACCUGGGCUGCGGAGAUGGAGGAGAAAUAGCCACGGAGUCCCAGUACAGCAGAGGGUCAGGGCCCACAUGGCUGGACCACAUUGAGUGCACUGAGCAGCACAGCUCGCUCUGGCAAUGUCAGUCAGACCCCUGGGAUCCUCAGUCGUGCACUAACCGAGCUGAAGAGACCCACAUUACUUGCACUGGAAGAAAAGAGGCAACAUCUCCAGCUGCAUUUGCUGAGUGUCCAAACUCCACAAGUUGUUCAGACAGGGAGAAGUUACGAGUCAUGGGAGGAGAGGAUGAAUGCUCAGGCAGAGUGGAGAUGUGGCACCAAGGUUCCUGGGGAACAAUCUGUGAUGACUCCUGGGACAUGGCAGAUGCCAAUGUUGUAUGCAGGCAGCUGGGCUGUGGAUCUGCUGUGUCUGCUCUGAGUGAGGCUGCCUUUGGUGAAGGGACUGGUCCCAUCUGGUUGGAGAAGGUACACUGUAAAGGAACAGAGCUGUCUCUUUGGGACUGUGCGGCCAAGCCUGUGUUUGGCAAAACCUGUGAUCAUAAGGAAGAUGCUGCUGUGAAUUGCUCUGGUGUGACAGAAACAACAGCAUCACCCACGAGAGCAGAUCGUCCCCGCCGCCCUGCCACAGGCAGUACAAGACUUUCAGUGCCUGUCAUCCUCUGCAUUGUCCUGGGGACCCUUCUCUGCCUGGUCCUUGCCAUUCUUGCUGGGCAGAUCCAACGUGCCAGGACACAGCACAGAGGCUCCAGACUAUCCUACGACCCCUUCUCUGAGGCUGUCUAUGAAGAGAUUGACUAUAACCUGAUGAGGGAAAAGCAGGGCGUGACUUUCCUCUCAGAUUUUUAUUCAGAGAGCUCAAAACCAAAGGAACAGUUUUAUAGAGCAGACAGUGAUGAAGAAAAUGGUCCUGGAGCAACCCAAGGCAAUGUGAGAAAGGAGGCCUCUCCACUGCCUGAAAAUGCCCUGGAAGAUGGUUAUGAUGAUGUGACAGAAGCUCCUGGACCUAGAGAUGCUUCUCUUUCUGAGCAGAAUGAACAGGAAAUCAUUGGGAUCCCUGGAGAAAGUGACAGAAACAAGGAUUCCCAGACAGACUGGACUCACAGAAACAGGACCUCUGAGGCUGAGAGAUCCUCAUCCCCUGCUCUUGAGGAUACAAGCUACGACGACAUUGAAGAGCUGGGGCACUGAUAGAGACUGCUGAGCUGUAUUAACUUCUUCUGGAAACACACCACUGUUCGUAAAAUGCUAAUCCUGUACUAGCAGAACCAGAACAAUCUGCAUUUAGGAUUCGUUUGCAUAAGUUUUGGUUAUUUUCAGAGAAGAGAUAACAUACAUAAAAGAUAAGGAAGCAUGUCUGUUAAAAAGAUCUUUCAAAUUUAUCUUACAAUUUCUUGUUGUUAAGACUUAAUGGAUACUUUUGAUUUUAUUUUUAAAUACCUUCAUUUUUAUUUUUUUUUACUUAAUUAAUUUUAAAAUUAUUAUAUUUUCUUAUUAGAAGCUGUCCAAAGUUCUCAAAUGUAUGGUUUUCCUCUCAGAUACAUGGGGGCAGCUUCUGGGAAUUAUUUGGAAUUGAGACUGAACUGCAAGAAAAUAAUCAAAAUUCUGUUUCAGCCAAAUCUUUGAGAAAGGAACUGUUGCUGAUUGUUUCUGCAGCAACAUCAAGAGAUCUGACAGGUGUGCUGCAGGCAUGAUGUGAGGCACAGAAGGAGGGAAACACGUGGGAUUUAACUGCAUCCUGCAAUCUACUUUUCCUGGCUCACUAACAGGAAAACUGGGAAAGUAGAAAGUUUUUGCAAGGAAUAGUAAAAGGCAGAAGAAACCGACAUAAGCAUUGCAACAAAUGUUAUGCCCAAAAAAGAUGUAGCAAGCUAUUUAUCCCUGUCAGCACUAUCUGCACAGGACAGAACUUUUCCUCUCCAGGUGCACCAGGCAGGGACGAGGAAGAAGGAAUCCCUGGUGACUCAGAGAUGGCAACAACUGAUGUCACAGGCAUGAUCCAGUUGAGCUGAGUGUUCCCCAGGUGACUGGGGUAUAUAAUCCUCAGUGUGACUGAUUUAGUGGACUGAUAUUAGGAAUGUGUUAAAAUUUGUAGCCAAACUCUUGAGCACUCUCCCUGCACCUGAAUGACACCUGCACAGGGAAAGUUUUAGGAUAAUUGGAGUAACUGGAUUAAAAGCAUAUUAACAAUUAACAAGAUUAAUAAAAUAUGUAAAAUGACUUAACUGUAGGAUCUAUCAGGCAAAGGAUGAAAUCCUAGAGAAUCAGGCUACAGCUGAACUCAUUACAAAUCUAUCUUUCAAAUUUUUGAAAAAGCAGCUAUGAAAGGAAGUUGUUUGUGAGUGGGGUUACAGGCAGCAGUGCUUGUUGCAGUCUGUGUAGCCAGCUGUGUUGGAGUCACCUCUGUGCGCACAAAUUUAUCUCAGUGACUUAUUGCAACUCUUUAAAGUCACUCUCUGCAGUAUUUCUGACCCCUUGAGAAAAACGUAAGGCACGAUUCCUCUUUGGAGAAAUUCUACUAAGUCUCCUGAAUAGAAUUUUUAUUCAGUCACUCAUUGAUUCUUUUUUGCCACCAAUAUGCUUCACACUUAAGUUUCCCAGCUCUCUCCCAAAUCUUUUCUUAACGAUUGGCUCGCUGUCCAGUACUCAGGUGUUAAGAAAGACUUCAGGGAGGGGUCACAGCCUGUUGGGAUUCAGGUUUUUCAUUCUUGAGUUAAAGUUACCCAGAUAAAGUUACCCAGAAAGCCGCUUUGCUAAAAAAAUCAAGAUUACAGCCAAAGGAGGGAUCCAGGAGCACGUUCCGGAUAACAUCCAGGACUAAACGGCGUUGCUGCGAUGGGGAGGGAACCGUGGCAGAACGAGAGCGUUUUGGGAUUGCACAGCGUCUCUGUGGGAUGGGCAGGGGAGGAACUAAAGGUGGGGAAAGGGAAGGGCGUAGGUGAACGGAGGAGGAACAAGUGUGGGGAAAAUGGAGAGUAGGGGGAUAAAACGGCCAGUGGCACGUAAAUCGCUUGCGGAUCCGGCAGGGACGCCGUGCUCCCGGGAAAACAUGCUGGACUGCCCCGCCGAGUCCGCUCCCGGGUUCCCUCCUCGGAAGCCUCCUCUCCCGCGGCCUCGCCAUGGCCAAGGGCACAGGCCGCC